AAACAAAAAGAGAAACAUCUCAUUUGCUUUCUUUUGCUUUGACACUUUGUUCAAGCAAACGUCUCUUUACGGCAAAACACGUUUCGUGUCAAUAGGACUUAAAAGUUUUCCAGAAUGCGUUACGUGGCCGCGUAUUUGUUAGCUGUGCUCGGAGGCAAGGCAUCGCCUGCUGCCGCAGACUUGGAGAAAAUCCUGAGUUCUGUCGGUAUCGAGGCUGACUCUGACAAACUCAAGAAGGUUAUCGACGAGCUCGAUGGUAAAUCCGUCGAGGACUUGAUCGCUCAAGGUCGUGAGAAGUUGUCAUCGAUGCCAGCUGGUGGUGCGGCCCCGGCCGCUGCCGCCGCAGCCCCGGCUGCCGCUGCCGUUGAAGAAAAGAAAGAAGAGAAAGAAGCCAAGAAGGAAGAGUCUGAAUCGGACGAUGAAGAUAUGGGCUUCGGACUUUUUGACUAAACUUUUUAAGAUGGUGCGGAGCACGCGGUUUUAUUCCAUUUUUGGUGUAAGCGUAAAUUGAUGGCAAGUGUGUUUCUGUGAAAUAUAUCUUGCAAGAAAA